CUAAAUAUAUAUAACCUUUCUUUCUUCCAAAGAAAAUUGGAGAUGAUGAAAACGAUGACAGAUGGGACUUUGAGAAAGAAAACACGUACCAAGCACGUUGCAACGUGCAUGGCUCCCGUUCCAUGAACAGACCGACACUAUCUUCUUAAGACCUCAAUGCCGUUCCCAUUUUUAUAUAUACAAAGAAAGGAAAUAAAAAAGAAAAAAAAAAAGGAAAAGAAAAGGUGAGAAAAUAUUUUGAUAAUGUCGGCGUCCCAGAUAGAUCCUCACGACAAGAUGAGAUCUAGAGACGUAAGCAAGGUGGCACGUGGCGAGCAAGCCCCAAGGCCAGCUCAUGAAUACGGCACCGUUUCAAAGCCUCCGCCGCCUUCUUCCACCUCCGUUCCUUCCGCUCAGACCAAUGACGACCAUCGCCGCAGCGGAAGCGAAGACAAAGACAAAGACAAUAAGGUGGUAAUGGAUGAGGGAGUAGAAACAGCGCCAAGCGAUCUUCGUUUUCCUUUCACCAAUCAAACACGACAUUGCUAUGCACGCUAUUUGGAAUAUCAUAGGUGCGUACAGAAGAAGGGGGAACACGCACCUGAAUGCAAGAAGUUCGCCAACUAUUAUCGAUCUCUAUGCCCUGGUGAAUGGGUUGAGAAAUGGAACGAGCAAAGGGAGCUUGGUGUCUUUCCUGGUCCGAUCUAAGGUUUUGGUUUUGUCAUGUGUGUGUGGAUAAAUAAUCAAAAGUGGUUCAUAUAUGAUUCUACUACUUUCUACUUUCUACUUGUCAAAUAUUGUGUGAACUUUUACCGCCCAUCCUUAAUUUCACCGAAUACCAAUUGAUAUA